AGUACACAUAAGUAAUAUGACCAUAAUAAUAUCGCGUUAUUUAACAAAUUUCAGAGAAACAACAAUGUUAAUAUUAUUGUAAUGAUAUGAUACUACUUUUUAUACAAUUUUAAAUUAUAUUCAACAGUUUUCUAUAUGACUGGACUGCACGAUGGUGACCACGUAACCAUCCACCUCUUAAAAAUGUACUACCAGCAGAGUAUCGAAUAAGUGGCCAUUACGACAAUUUUUUCGAUUGUGACAUUCGACCAUUCCGAAUAAUAAUCUUCAGUCGACGGAUUUCUUGUAACUGGUAUUGCCGUGUUCGAUUGUAUUGAUUAAAUAUAGCUAAAUUGACGCCAAGAUGUCUUCUAAAGAGAUUCAAAAACUUAAGGAUGAAAUUGAAGAACUAAAACAAAAAAAUCGUAAUCAAAAGGAGGCACACGAAAAAGAAAUUCAAAAUCUAGAAAAAAAAAAUUGUGAUCUUAACGAUAACCUCACCAUUGCAAAUCAACGUCUAAAAAAAAAAAAAAUUCGUGAUCAAAACGAGGCACAUGAAGACCAAACUCAAAAUCAAGAACAAAAAAAUCGUGAUCAAAACGAGGCACAUGAAGACCAAACUCAAAAUCAAGAACAAACAAACCAUGAUCAAAACGAGGCACAUGAAGACCAAACUCAAAAUCAAGAACAAAAAAAUCGUGAUCAAAACGAGGCACAUGAAGACCAAACUCAAAAUCAAGAACAAACAAACCAUGAUCAAAACGAGGCACAUGAAGACCAAACUCAAAAUCCAGAACAAUUGCUCUCUACCCAAUUUGACAAUUUGACUGUUUAUAAUCGCAUGAGUCUGUCGCCUGUUUCGGUGGAAAAAUCACAACCCUGUAAGGUAUGGUGGUGCCCAAUUCAUUCAAUGUUUGAGACUUUUGUUGACAAGUUUGAAGCAAGUAAUAAAGAAGAUGAGCUAGUAGUAAACCGUGCAAAAGAUAGAUUUAGAAAAUGGAAACGAAAGGGUAAAUGCUGCUUACAUGAUCGUCAAAAUAAAGAUAGAAACAAUUUCGCUCCACCAUCAAAUUGGCCAAAAUGAUCCAAAUCAAUGCGGAUAUAACUAUCUAACUAUCUAACUAUAUAAAUAUUGCACACAAUAGUUUUAAAAAUAUGAACACGCUUUAGCUUUAAAAGUCAUAUUUUAUUAUAUUUUAUUAUAAUAUUUAAAUAAUAAUUAAAUAUGUGUACUAUAAUGUUUAGUAUUUACAUACUGUCACAUGUUAAAGUACACAUAUGUACAUUUCUUAAAUGUUGGAAUACUUAUUUAUUAAUCCAAAUAAGUUAUAAAAUUAAACUUUUGAUAAUAUAUAUAAUAUAUAUAUAUAUUUACCCAUAACAAUGUUACUAUAUAAUUCAAAUAUAUUUAAUGGUUUUCAUAAUGAUU